CCUCCCCAGGGGCCUUAGCAGCAGCCUGGGGGCAGAGCCCUGACAAGCAGAUGAUGUGAGGUGACAAAUCAAGACCUUCCCCUUCCCCCCUGCGCCGUGUGAUGGGUGGUAGGAGGCCAAAGGGCUAACCCUGAGUGCUUAACCCCGCACCUUCCCUUCCCUUCCGACGUGGGCCUGGGCUCAUGUGGAGCCUCGGCCCGGCCCAGGAGAGCCUGGGACCUGGCCUGCAGAAUGCCUCCGCCCUGCUGGGAGCUGUCGUGGGUGCAGUGAUGGAGGUGCCCCGAUGAGUCCCUUCCCUUCACCAGCUCCCCCAGGUCUGUGGCUCUUCACUCUCCCGAGGGCUGGCGCCGAGGAGGGAGCUGAUUGAAGGAAAGUACACCUCUUCUCUACCCUCCCAGUGCCUGACCAGCCCCGCACAGCUAACCCAGUCCCGGCCCCUCCAGUUGCCUCCAUGCACCUCGUCAGGGUUGCCAGAGACAGACAUGAGGCCAGGUCCUUCUGCCCGUCCGGGGGCCUCUGUCUUCCCACCUGUGUAAUGGGCUGGGGGACCUCUCCCGCACCGCCUCCCCUGGGCGGGGUUGGGGGGUGGGGAGGACGACGCUCUGAAAAGAUGCAGGCCGAGCCCAGAGGUCCCUGAGCGGUCUGGACCUGACACGGUUUCCCACCCUUUCCCCUGCGGUGGGCGCCGGAUGCAAGCCAGGCUACACUAGACGAUCCCCUUCCUUAAAGGGCCAGGCGCCUCUUCAGCCCCGGCCCCGCAACCGGUGGCUCGCCCCUCCUCUCCAGCUCAAGGAAUAGUUAACUUUCCAGACUUGGGUGUGUUGGGGGGAGGAAUCAGUCCCGGAUCCCUGCCCCUGCAUCUCGCACCCCAGACACCCGGACGCGGGCGGGGCAGGUGACGCCCCCAACUCGGAGGUGCGGGGCCCGCCCUCCCCUUCCGCCCCCGGCCCCCAGCAGGCUCCGCCCCUCUCCAGCGACACCGAGGCCCGCGCGGAUUGGCCGACUGCGCCAUCGCUCCAGACACUUCCUCCUGGGCCGCAGCCGCAGAGUUAAACUUUGAAGGGGGAAAAAGAGCCAUCGGCGCCCAGCGCCGGGAGACCCUCCCUUCCCCCCACUCACCGCCGCCGGUAACGCCCCCUUCUCCGCGGCCCCCGACCGAACUUUUCUCCAACUUCUGAGACCCGUGAGAUUCCCUCCUUAGCACCCCGGCCCUCGGGAUCCCUUUGCCCAUCCCCGGGCCCGUCGGGUCCUUGAGCUUCGCUCGAUCCCCGACUCAGAGACUGCUGUCCUCCACCCCCAAGGUCUGAUGAAUCCCUCGGGCUCCCUUCUUAAUUGGAUCCUCGUUUUAGACCCACUGGAUUCUGGGAUUCCCAUCUGCUGCCUUCUCAAGUCUUUCUCUCUCCAAGGGGCUUUUGGAUCCUGGGGCUCUCCUGAUCGCUGAGAUCCCGACCUACUGGAUUUUCUUGAUUUCUUGGAAUCUUUCAAGUGCUGGGUCCCUCAAAGCAUUAGAUUUCUCCUUUACGAUUCCCGGGCGUUUGACCCACUGGAUUGCGUUUCUUUAAUUUCCCAGGGUCCCGCCAUCCUCGAGUGCCCUCAACCUGCUAGAUUUCUUUUCUCGUAUCCCCGGGAUCCCCGCGCUCCCACCACCAGCUUACGAGCUCCCUCGGAUCCAGUGACCCGGGUUCCCCAGUCUCCUUCAGCCGCAUCCCGGGUGGGCGCCGGGAGGCCGGUACCGGGACACCCCCGGCCCCACCCCGCCCAUGGCCGCCUCCCCUUCCCAUCUCUCCGGGCUCCCAGGCUCUCCCGGGCCGGGGUCUCCUCCGCCCCCCGGCGGCUUGGAGUUGCAGUCGCCGCCACCGCAACUGGCCCAGGUCCCAGCUCCGAGCUCCGGGGUCUCCUUCCACAUCCAGAUCGGUCUGACCCGCGAAUUUGUGCUGCUGCCCACCGCCUCUGAGUUGGCCCAUGUGAAGCAGCUGGCUUGCUCCAUCGUGGACCAGAAGUUCCCCGAGUGUGGCUUCUACGGUCUUUACGACAAGAUCCUCCUCUUCAAACAUGACCCCACGUCGGCCAACCUCUUGCAGCUGGUGCGCUCCGUUGGAGACAUCCAGGAGGGCGACCUGGUGGAGGUGGUGCUGUCGGCUUCGGCCACCUUCGAGGACUUCCAGAUCCGCCCGCACGCCCUCACGGUGCACUCCUACCGAGCGCCGGCCUUCUGCGAUCACUGCGGAGAGAUGCUCUUCGGCCUAGUGCGUCAGGGCCUCAAGUGUGAUGGCUGCGGACUGAACUACCACAAGCGCUGUGCCUUCAGCAUCCCCAACAACUGUAGCGGCGCCCGCAAGAGGCGCCUGUCGUCCACGUCUCUGGCCAGUGGCCAUUCUGUGCGCCUCAGCACCUCCGAGUCCCUGCCCUGCAUGGCUGAUGAGCUGAGCCGUAGCACCACCGAGCUCCUGCCUCGCCGCCCCCCGUCAUCCUCCUCCUCGUCUUCUGCCUCCUCCUACACGGGCCGCCCCAUCGAGCUGGACAAGAUGCUGCUAUCCAAGGUGAAGGUCCCGCACACAUUCCUCAUCCACAGCUACACACGGCCCACCGUCUGCCAGGCUUGCAAGAAGCUCCUCAGGGGUCUCUUCCGCCAGGGCCUGCAAUGCAAAGACUGCAAGUUUAACUGUCACAAGCGCUGUGCCACCCGCGUCCCUAACGACUGCUUAGGGGAAGCACUCAUCAAUGGAGAUGUGCCGAUGGAGGAGGCCGCCGAUUUCAGCGAGGCUGACAAGAGCUCCCUCAUGGAUGAAUCCGAUGACUCCGGGGUCAUCCCGGGCUCCCACUCAGAAAAUGCGCUCCACGCCAGUGAGGAGGAGGAAGGCGAGGGAGGCAAGGCCGAGAGCUCCUUGGGGUACAUCCCCCUAAUGAGGGUGGUGCAGUCGGUGCGACACACGACGCGGAAAUCUAGCACCACCCUGCGCGAGGGCUGGGUGGUUCAUUACAGCAACAAGGACACGCUGAGGAAGCGGCACUAUUGGCGCCUGGACUGCAAGUGUAUCACGCUCUUCCAGAACAACACGACGAACAGAUACUACAAGGAAAUUCCACUGUCAGAAAUCCUCACCGUGGAGCCCGCCCAGAACUUCAGCCUUGUGCCACCAGGCACCAACCCCCACUGCUUCGAGAUUGUCACUGCCAAUGUCACCUACUUUGUGGGCGAGACGCCUGGUGGGGCCCCAGGGGGGCCCAGCGGGCAGGGGGCAGAGGCAGCCCGGGGCUGGGAAACGGCCAUCCGCCAGGCCCUGAUGCCAGUCAUCCUCCAGGACGCACCCAGUGCCCCAGGCCACACACCCCACAGACAAGCUUCUCUGAGCAUCUCCGUGUCUAACAGCCAGAUCCAAGAGAACGUGGACAUCGCCACUGUCUACCAGAUCUUCCCGGAUGAGGUGCUGGGCUCCGGGCAGUUUGGAGUGGUCUAUGGAGGAAAGCACCGGAAGACAGGCCGGGACGUGGCAGUAAAGGUCAUUGACAAACUGCGUUUCCCCACCAAGCAGGAGAGCCAGCUCCGGAACGAAGUAGCCAUUCUGCAGGUGACCACCGGGCUCUGGGGCCCAGCUCUGGCCCCACCUAGGAAGGACUUUCCUUUCCCACUUCCUUCUUUCAAGGACCAACUGACCCAGGCUGGGGGUGAUUUCUGCCUUCUGCCUCUUGUCUGCCCCAUCCCAAGUCCUGUGCUAGGCCCUUACCUCAUGGGUUUGUUUAUGCUUCACAACUGCCCUCCGAGCCCUGCUCACCCCCCUUUUAGAGUAAACUCCAGGCCCAAGGGGAGGCUCGAACUCAUGACCCUGGAGGUCACAAGUCGCCGGCUCUGUGGACUGAGCCAGCCAGGAGCCUCGCUGAUAGCUCUUUUUUUGUCAGGAGCUUACCGUAUGCCAGAGGAUCUCACGCUCUCCCCAGACCCACUGCUCCAGUCGAGCCUUUCUAGAAUUAUCCAACUCUAUCUCGGGUGUCAUGGUUUUGGGGUUCUGAGAUUCUUAUUUGGGGCUCCAAUGCCUCGCCUGGCCCUGGGGGUCAUCUUUCGGGAUGCAGAGAGGGGCACGGAUGAGGUUUGGAGGGCAGGCGGCAGAAUCCGGGGCAGGUGCCUUUCUACCUUUCUUACCGGCCCCACCCCCUCCCCUCAGAUCCUGGUGGCCCUGAGACACCUUCACUUCAAGAACAUCGUCCACUGUGACUUGAAACCAGAAAACGUGUUGCUGGCAUCUGCCGACCCCUUUCCUCAGGUGAAGCUGUGUGACUUCGGCUUCGCGCGCAUCAUCGGCGAGAAGUCGUUCCGGCGCUCGGUGGUGGGCACCCCUGCCUACCUGGCGCCCGAGGUGCUGCUCAACCAGGGCUACAACCGCUCGCUGGACAUGUGGUCGGUGGGAGUGAUCAUGUACGUCAGCCUCAGUGGCACGUUCCCCUUCAACGAGGACGAGGACAUCAAAGACCAGAUCCAGAACGCCGCCUUCAUGUACCCAGCCUGCCCCUGGAGCCGCAUCUCCUCCGGAGCCAUUGACCUCAUCAACAACCUGCUGCAGGUGAAGAUGCGCAAGCGCUACAGCGUGGACAAGUCUCUCAGCCACCCUUGGUUACAGGAGUACCAGACGUGGCUGGACCUCCGAGAGCUGGAGGGGAAGAUGGGCGAGCGGUACAUCACGCACGAGAGUGACGACGCGCGCUGGGAGCAGUUUGUGGCAGAGCACCCUCUGCCCGGGCCUGGGCUGCCCGCCGAUGGGGACUUCGGUGGGGCCCUCCCGCCGCAGGACCACGAGAUGCAGGGGCUGGCCGAGCGCAUCAGCGUCCUCUGAGGCCCCGUGCUCCCACCGUGGCUGCUCCGUGAUGCUGUCCUCCGGUCCCCGGAGAGCGCCCCUCCGCACCAUCUCAGCGAGGAACUGUUCUAAACAGAAGCGGCUUCCUGCCCAAAAUGGAUGGGACACACCCCGGGAGAGGAGCGUGGCGGGGGUCAGUGGCGGGUCAGGGGUAGUUAUUUCCAACCUGAAUUCCCCAGCAAUUAAAAUGAACUCAUCGCUGGCCCCAUGGCCCCGGUCUCUGGCCACA